AUGCUGAUCAAAUCUUCUUUAAUCAAUUUAAUCCUUUUAUUUCUAUUCGUAAUUCAUGUCAUCACUAGUUUAGAACAAUGUAAUUCAAAAGAAACAUGUUCAUCAUGUUUAUCUUUAUCGAAUCAAUGUGCUUGGUGUACUCAGAAUUCAACGGAUAUGUCAUCGCGUAAUGGUUCUUUUUUUCACUGCGAUACAAUUGAUAAUCUACAAUUAACGUGCUCGGAUCAUUUGAUUUCAUUUCAAAGUUACCAUUAUGUCUUACAAAAUGAUUCACUUUCCAAUGCGAUUAAUAGUACAUCACAAGCUGUUCAAUUAUCGCCUCAAGCUGUCCAUGUUGUUUUACGAAUUAAUGAUUCGGAAAAAAUUCCGAUAAAAUUUCGUCAGGCGGAAGAUUAUCCAGUGGAUUUGUACUUUCUCAUGGACUUAUCACAUUCUAUGCUUGAUGAUAAAGAAAAACUGAGUUAUCUCGGUCGGAUAUUAGCAACACAGAUGCAAUCGAUUACAAAAAAUUUCCGAUUGGGCUUUGGCUCAUUUGUUGAUAAGAAUGUUCCGCCCUUUGUUCAACCAGCACCUAACACGGUUGAGCGUCCAUGUCCAACUAGUUAUAAUGGACCAUGUGUGAAAGCUUAUGGUUUUAAAAAUCAUAUGAGUUUAUCGGACAAUGUUGCUGAGUUCGAAUACCAAGUACGCGAAGCACCAGUGUCGGGAAAUAUUGAUGCACCAGAAGGUGGAUUAGAUGCUAUCAUGCAAGCUAUUGUUUGUGAUGAUGUGAUUGGUUGGAGAAAUGAUUCUCGAAAAUUAAUUGUUUUCUCAACAGAUGCUGGUUUUCAUUAUGCCGGCGACGGAAGAGAUUAUCCAUCUAUUGGUCAGAUAAGUGCGAAAUUGAGUGAAAAAAAUGUGAAUAUUAUCUUUGCGGUAACACAAUCUCAAUUGGCAUUGUACCAAACAUUGACUGAAUUGAUCGAUGGUGCUGUGGUCGGUGAACUAAAACAAGAUUCGAGUAAUAUCGUGAAUUUAAUUAGUCAAAAUUAUCGAAAAAUCUCCUCGUCCGUGAUGAUGAUGAUUUCAAAUGAUUUGCCUGAUGGACUGACAGUUAAGUUUACACCUGAUUGUCAAGAAAACAAACGAGAUAAACCUGAAUGUACGGUUAACGUUGGUGGUGUCCUCAACUUCGAAGUGGAAAUUUUAGCCACUAAAUGUGUUAACAAUGGUGCUCCGACAACAUUUUCUAUCUACACUCAUGGAUUGAAUGACAAAAUGCGUAUUACAGUUCAAACGAAUUGUACAUGUUCGUGCUCGAAAUUUCCGCGUCAAGUCAAUAGUCCUCAGUGUUCGAAUCAUGGCACAUAUGAAUGCGGUGUUUGUACAUGCGCGAAAGGUUUCUAUGGACGUGAAUGUGAAUGUGAUACAGCUUCGCCAACAGUUGAAUCGAAAAUUCAACAAUGUAAAAAACCGGGAUCAUCAGAUAUCUGUUCUGGAAGAGGCCAAUGCGUUUGUGGAAGGUGUAAAUGUGAAACAGCGACAAUUGAACCGGGUCAACGUAUCUACGGAGAUUAUUGUGAAUGUGACGAUUUUUCGUGCCCUAGAAAAAAUGACUUGGUCUGCUCAGGACCAGAACACGGGUUAUGUGGUUGUGAUAAACGAUGUAAAUGUCGAGAAGGUUGGACAGGAGAUGAUUGUUCAUGCACAACAAAAACAGAUAGUUGUCUUGUGAAUAAUACUAUUUGUAACAAUCAAGGUGUUUGUGAAUGUGGUCGAUGCAAAUGUCACAAAGAUUCGGGUUAUCUUGGGCCCACCUGUGAAGAUUGUCCUACAUGUGAACAUCGAUGUACUGCGACGAAAGAUUGCGUUCUUUGUAAAGUAUUUCACAGUGGAUCCUUAUCGGAAGAGCAAUGUGAACAAUGUCCAUAUCGUUUUGAGAUUAUUGAUGACGCUCGAAAAGAUCGGUACCAUCGUUUAUGUCAAUUCGAUGAUGAACAAGACCAAUGUCGUUUCUUUUAUACAUAUCAUACUGAAAAAGAUCAACUAGUUCUUCGAGUUCAAAAGACAAAAAAUUGCCGACGUAUUUUAUCUGUUCGUUCUACGAUAAUUAUCAUUGUUUCCAGCAUCUUAGCAUUUGGAUUAUUCUGUUUGAUGGUUUGGCGUAUGUUAGCAACUUUACACGAUCGACGGGAAUUUGCUAAAUUUGAACAAGAACGUGAAAAGGCCAAAUGGGAAACCGAUGUUAAUCCGCUUUAUCGACAAGCAACUGUCAAAUAUCAGAAUCCGACUUACCGCGGCUACAAAUUUAAUGAAAUGCGUUUGAUGGAUCAUCAUGAAAAUCCACAAACUGUCAAACGAGACAAUAGUAACCAUUCAAGUCCAAUACCAACACCAUCGCCGCCACCGAAUAAUCUACGUGUGAACAGUACCGUACGCUUAACAACCAUAUUCGACACUGUUCGAACGGGAAAAGUGGUGGCUUUUGACAAUGGAUCGAAUUUAGUUACAUUACAUAUGAAAGGUUCAAAACCAGGUUUAACAUCUAUUGCUGUUAUUAAUCUUAUUCAUUGUCGAGAAUGGACUGUUGUGCAAGAGUCCAACGAUGAAACACUCGAACCACUCUAUCCAAUUGAUAUUAACAAAUUGAAAAAACGUCAAACAGAAAACGAAAACGAAAAGAAAAAGGAAGCUUCAUUUGUUAAUCUAAAAGCUAGUCGAAUUGGUCAAGCACUUUUCCGUGAUAUCAAAAAGACAAUGAAUCAGGUGAUUCGCUGGUCAAAUAAUGAUAUUUUAAUCAACAAUACUGUUCGAAUCGUUGAUCCAUAUCGCGCAGAAAAUGUGUCUAUUGAUGCUCCGACUCAAUCAACGAACACAGCAAUUGCAAAAGCAUCAGCCAAAGGAGACAACGAUACAAAAACACAUAUUAUCAAACUGGUAGAAAAGUUUUGGUUAGAUCAAUCAAAACUUCCUUCAAACAGAGAUUCCAAGUCCAAUACACGAACUGAAUCGGCAACGAAAAGUUAA